AUGAUAUGGCUUUUCGCGCUUUUUCUGAUCGUGGCUCCUGUCCUGGGCCGGAGCAUUGAGCCUGAUCGCGCCACGCAUGAUCAGCAAACAGAACCAGAUUCCGACUCGAAGGGUGAUCAGAUCAGUAACCCAUCCACAAGGAACUACACUCUUGUCGAUAGAUGCAAGAACUACGUUAUCGCUUCCGGCGACUCUUGUCAGUCCAUUUCAAAAAGCAACCGGAUUUCCUUGGCCGCUUUGACAUCUUACAAUAAGGACACCUGGGGAUGGACUGGAUGUAAGACUUUGGCCAAAGACACCAGAAUCUGUGUGGGAAAAGGCGCUCCACCAAUACCAAAGACCAACUCGAACGCACAAUGUGGUCCCACGAAACCUGGCGUUUCAUUCCUCACGCCAUACCUCUACAAAGGCAAGCUGGCCGACAUGAACCCUUGUCCUCUCAACGCCUGUUGUGAUACCGAAGGCCAAUGCGGUUACACAUCCACAUUCUGCAAAAUGAAGCCCGGGACAGGCACUGGAUGUAUCAGCAAUUGCGGCACUAUUGUAAAGAAACAAAGGCCGCCAAAGGACACGAUCACGUUAGGGUUCUUUGAGGGAUGGGCGUAUGCCCGGGGCUGUGCAAACAUGAAGGCAAAGGAUAUCGACACGUCCAAAUACUCGCACAUGGCGUGGGCAUUCGCAAAUGUCGGACAGGACAAUUCAAUAAUCGUCACAGACCAAGAGCAAUACAAGGACUUUCUUGCUCUACCGAAGGUCAAGAAGAUUAUGUCGAUCGGAGGCUGGGCAGCCAGAGACGCCUUGCAUGCAGCUACCCGACCAGAGAAUCAGGAGUCGUUUGCGAACAAGAUUCUUGACUUUCUCAAUGCAAACAAAGAACUUGAUGGGGUCGAUAUCGACUUCGAAUUCCCCGAUAAUGCUGAACAGGCUGGCUGGUUUCUUUCUUUUCUUCGACAACUGCGUUCGAAGUUGCCUUCAUCCAAAUCACUUUCCAUUGACAUCCCCGCUGCAUAUCAGAAGCUUUCACAUUAUCCUCUCAAGGAACUGGCUGACACGGUGGACUACAUGAUCGUGAUGAGCUACGACUACUUCUCACACAACGAUUACAAUUACGGUGUCUACACCCCUGACGACGGCUGCCCCCAUGACCACUGCCUUCGCAGCCACGUCAAUGUCACACAGACCACUUCCACCAUGAGUCUACUCACUUAUCACGCCGGAGUACCCGCGUCGAAGCUCGUCUUGGGCGUCGCAAGCUACGCCAAAGGUUUCGUGCUCAACGAUGCCGCAUGCACAGACCCCAAUAACCCAGUAUGUACCUACAAGCCAGAUGGGCCAUUCAAAGGCUGUCUUGGAGAAGCCGGCGUCUUGUCAAUGAACGAGAUCAACUCUAUCAUCUCGGCGAAGCAACCAGGGACUUUCACGUCUUAUGAUGUUGCUAGUGAUUCCAAUUUCCUGGUGUACAAUGCUGCAACCGAGAAGGAUUCCGCACCUGUGGCGCAGUGGUAUGGUUAUAUGGAUCGGAAGGUCCUUGAGAGCAGGAAGAAGCUUUAUUCGAGUUGGGGUGCUCGAGGAACGGUGGAAUGGGCGACCUCUAUGGAGUAG